CUUCCUUUUGGAAGGUAUUUAAGCAGCUCCCGGGUCAUUAGAUAGAUAUGCCCACAUGCUCUGCUUGGUGACCACUAACCCACAAGGAUCCUUCCACAAGCUGCACAGGAUGUUGCUGGCGUUGCUCCUCAUUGGCGUGAGCUGGUACGGCACUCCAGGGAACGGCGAGGUGGUGACUUCUUUUGAGGACACCUGUCCCCACUUCUUCUUCCGAGGAGUCCCUCCAAGUCUUGGGCUUGUGCCUUCGCGCCCUGCUCGGAUUUGCCAGCGUUACAAGAAUCAGUAUCGCUACGCCACGCUGUACGACAAAGACAACCGCAUCCCGGUGUACUCAGCCUACAUCUACAACCCUGGGACGGCGAAGAGACCAAAUACUUGGAUGGUUGAACCCCAGCUUGUUGAUUCAACCCUCCAAAAUGAAAUGGAAUCGGAAGGAUCCUUCCUAUACGACAGCAGUUCCAAAGAACAGGCGCUUCGGAACAGCCAGGCCGUUUUGCAAGAUUACAAGAACCUGACCGACCUCAACCGGGGGCACCUGAACCCCAACGGCCACCAGCCCGACCGGGAUGCCAAGGCCUCCACUUUCAGCCUGACCAACAUCGUGCCCCAGAACAUCAAGCUCAACGGCGGCACCUGGAACAACUACGAGCAGACGACCAUGGCGAGGAACACGGAGGGGUGCCGCGAGACCUUUGCCGUGGUGGGAGCCGUGCCGGGGAACAACUACAUUGCUGGAGGGAGGGUCAACAAGCCCAGCUACAUGUGGUCGGCGGCCUGUUGCGUCGUAGAUAACAAUCACAUGAGAUCCUGGGCCAUCAUUGCCAGGAAUGACGAGAACGUAGUCUACACUCUCACUUUGGGGCAGUUGGAGGACAAGCUGGCCGAGUUCUAUAAUCGGAAUUCCAUCCUCCUCUUUGACCACGACUGUCCACGCGAAUAAAAACACUAGACUCAGGAGUCUGUAAUAGGCAAAAUGACUGUUUCAAUGGUCUUCCAUUUUGUAAGAAUUGAUCACUCAGAGAUAGGGUGCAUUCACACUGUAGAAUUAAUGCAGUUUGACACCAAAUCCUUUCUUUGAUGACACCCAGGACUUCUUGACAUUAA